AUGACGGCUGCGAAGAUGUUCUCGCAGUAUGCCCAAAGCGAGCGGGAUGUGCUGGUCAUGUUCGACCAAGGCUGGGUCAAGGGGCAGCAGGAGAUCCGCAAGGCAAUAGGCAAGAUCAGCAAGAAUGAGUGGAACUUCGUGACUUGGCUGCUGGUGCCAAACCAACAAUCAGACCUCGAAACGCGGGCAGCCUUUGGCAUGGGAGCUGCGGCAGAGUCAGGCACUUGGUCCUCGGACGGAUCGAAACGCCGGAAGAAGGCUGCUUGCCUGUCCACGAUCACCGGCAAGGAGAAUUGCUUUGCCCUCUUCGCUGGACCGAUUCCGGAGCUCGGAUUCCUCAAGCCCAAUCCUGGGGGUGGCACUGCCGGCUCCGAGUUCUUUGGCGCCGCGGGUCACCAGGUGCUACUGCAGUACAAUGCAAAGAACAAGGGGUUCAUUCAGGACAAGGACAAGAAGGAGGUCCUGGCAGUUGACAGCAUCUCCGAGGAGGAUGUGGUCCCGCUGCAUUUCCACAUGAAACAUGUCACCACGUACAAAGAAUUGCUGCACGUGCUUCGCGUUGCCAGCAUGGUGUGCUUUUCUCCUGACCCCAAUCUCCUGAUGGCCUGCAUCGAGAUGAGAGUCGCUUGCUAUGCGAUCUGCCAGAGUUCCCAGCACCAGGAAAUUCUGAGGACUUUCCUCGCCUCCAAGGUCUCCGGCAUGAUCAGAGAUCCAAGUUGCGCACGCUUUUACGAUGCAGAUGCUGCCGGCCACCGGCAGGAAGCAGAGUCGUCGACGACCGGGGGCGAGGCAGCUUUGGUUCGUGCCGCAGCAAAUGAUGCAACAAAGCACAAGCAGCCGGUCCUCAGUGCCAAGGAGGAAGCUAAGCAGUCCGAGCAAGAGGACGACAAUGAAUCGGACGGGGAUGACGAUGAGCAGGAAGAGGGUUCGGGCAGCGACGCCGGCACUAUCUGA